AUGAAGCGCAUCGCUCUUUCAGAGGUCGACGAAUCGAAAACAAACCCCAGUUCAUCCUCACCAGAACAAAGGCCACCGAGGGACCAGAUGCCGUCAAAAGAGCAAAGACAACUCCUCCCGCAAGAGGUGAUGGAUAUUGUAGUCCCCUCCCUCAAAGUGGGCGGCUCGGCUGGUGCCUGUGGCUUGUUUAUGGGAGGAGCAGCUGGUAUCCUUCGUGGUGCACCACCGGUAUUUUUCUCGUUGAUUGCUGGUGGUCAAUGGUUCGCCCUAGGUUCAAGCUACUGGGCUGCUCGGUUGGUGGCCUUUAACGCUCUGGGAGGAGAGGACAAGAUUACUCCCGGAGACAAGCUCAAAGGAAGUACUUUUGCCGGUGCAGUCUCUGGUGUUGUCGGAGGAUCUAUUCGAGGGCCGCGAAAUAUUAUUCCUGGAGCCAUCGUAUGUUCCCUGCUGGGAGCUGGAGGGCAAGCCUUUGCCAAUAGAAGGGAGGCCAAGCAAAAAGAAGCGGAAAAGGAUCCUUCAAAGAACAAGCGGUUCUGGCACUCGAGUUGGAGUCCCAUUACAGCACUUUCAGAUCAAGAUUAUGUGAAUCUGUUGGAGGAGAAACUGCUCCGAGUAGAGGCUGACAUUGCCCUCAUCGACGACCGCAUCAGAGAGCUUCGGGAAGCCGACAGCAAGAAGAUGGGGAAUACACCACCGCCAACUGAACAGGUUCCUUUGGUAAAGGAAGUCAAGGAGGCUACGGAUAAUACACCGAUUCAGGCGGACAAAAAGGGUCAGAGUCAGUCUUGGUGGAGAUGGUAA